CUCCCUAUGGCCUGGAUCUGUGGAGGGUCCUGAGACCAGCCAAGGUUGAUGGAAGAAGGCCAGUGCAGUUGAUGUGGAAGAAGGCAAGCGGAGCUCCGGUCCUGGAGAAGGCCCUUGGGUACAACAUAUGGUACUUUCCAGAAAACAACACUAAUCUCACAGAAACAGUGAACACCACUAACCAGACGCAUGAACUGUAUCUGGGAGGCAAGACCCACUGGGUGUAUGUGAUUUCUUAUAAUUCUCUUGGGGAAUCUCCGGUGGCCACCCUGAGGAUUCCGGCUAUUGAUGAAAAGUCAUUUCAGUGCAUUGAGGCCAUGCAGGCCUGCCUCACUCAGGACCAGCUGGUGGUGGAGUGGCAAAGCUCUGCUCCAGAGGUGGACACAUGGAUGGUUGAAUGGUUCCCAGAUUUGGACUCAGAGUCCUCCACUUUUUCCUGGGAAUCUGUGUCUCAGGCCAGGAACUGGACAAUCCAGAAAGAUGAAUUAAAGCCCUUCUGGUGCUAUAACAUCUCUGUGUAUCCAGUGUUGGGAGACCGAGUGGGCAAGUCGUAUUCCAUCCAGGCUUAUGUCCGAGAAGGCAUUCCAUCAGUGGGUCCUGUAACUGAGGCAGACAACAUUGGUGUGAAGACAGUCACAGUCACAUGGAAGGAGAUUCCCAAGAGUCAGAGAAAUGGUUUCAUCAGCAACUACACCAUAUUUUACCAAGCUGAAGAUGGAAAGGAGUUCUCCAAGACAGUCAACUCCAACAUCCUGCAGUAUGGCCUAGAGUCCCUGACACGAAAGACCUCUUAUACUCUUCAAGUCAUGGCCAGCACCAGGGCUGGGGGAACCAACGGCACCAAGAUAAACUUCAAGACAUUAUCAGUUAGUGUCCUUGAGAUUUUAUUUAUAACUUCUUUGGUUGGAGGUGGUCUUCUCAUUCUCAUCAUGCUGACAGUGGCAUAUGGUCUCAAAAAACCCAACAAAUUGAAGCACUUAUGUUGUCCUGAUGUCCCCAACCCUGCUGAAAGCAGCAUAGCUACAUGGCGUGGAGAUGAUUUCAAGGUAAAUACUUCUGCUUUUGUUAAGGAAAUCAUUGAGCAGCAUUUGAAACGUGUAGUUACCAUUCAGACAAAGCUUAUCUUUAAGGGAUAA